CGGAUGUGGAGUCUUCUUGUCAGGGACAACCGAAGCGGGCACGCGGCACGUGGGGGCGGCGGGUUGGCGUGGGGAAGAGAGGGACCCGACGGACCGGACCGGAAAGCAAAUUUCAGUUCAAGAGUUAAAGACCAUCAGCAGAGGCUCCACACCCACAUUACAAUGGAGUCAUCUCAACUCCAACCGCGAACAUACUGUCCAUGCCACCAAAGACGAUGGCUGGGACGCAAGGGGACAAGCCCUUGAACCGGGCGGAUGAGCUCGACCAUCUCAUCGAUGCCGUGAAAGCCCUGAUCGUCCCCUUUGUCCGGGAAGCCGAUGAAGCGGUCCCGUCCCGGGCGGCGGGGGAGUUGCUUCCAGACAGCCAGGGUGUUGUGCAGAAUGCCCUCGUCAAGACUCGGAGACCCGAGGACCUGGUCAAGGAGCUGGCCUUGAAUCUACCCAAAGGCGAGGGCCUCGGCGAAGAAGGGCUGCUCCAGACCAUGAGGGAUGUUCUCAAGUACAGCGUCAACACGUGGGACCAGGGGUUCAUGGACAAGCUGUAUGCCAGCACCAAUCCGGUUGGCGUCGCUUCUGAGCUUCUCCUGGGAGCGCUGAACACAAAUGUGCAUGUUUACCAGGUAUCGCCCGCCCUGACGGUGAUUGAGAAGCACACGGCCAGGUCCCUGGCAAACCUCUUUGGUUUCACCGGCCCGCGUGCGGGGGGUGUGACCUGCCAAGGAGGUAGUGCCUCGAACCUGACGUCCGUCGUCAUCGCCCGCAACACACUCUAUCCGGAAUGCAAGACUCGGGGAAACAGCGGCGGCCCGAGCCCUUUCGUCCUCUUCACCAGCGUCCACGGCCACUACUCGGUCGAGAAGGCGGCCGUAACCUGCGGCCUAGGCUCCUCCGCCGUCUGGACCGUCCCUGUCGAUGGCGAGGGCCGGAUGGACCCGUCGGCGCUGCGCACCCUCGUCGAGCGCGCCAAGGCGGAGGGCAAAACGCCCCUCUACGUCAAUGCCACCGCCGGCACGACCGUGCUAGGCUCCUACGACCCCUUCCCGGAGAUCGCCGCAGUUUGCGCCGAGUUCAACCUCUGGCUGCACAUCGACGCGAGCUGGGGCGGCCCCGCCAUCUUCUCCCCGACUCACCGCCACAAGCUCGCCGGCUCCCACCUCGCCAACUCCCUCACCGUCAACCCGCACAAGAUGAUGAACGUGCCCGUGACCUGCUCCUUCCUCCUCGGUCCGGACAUGGCCGUCUUCCACCGCGCAAAUACCCUUCCCGCCGCCUAUCUCUUCCACGGUCCGGGGCAGGAGGAAGAAGACACUUCGCGCUCGUCGCCUGCGGCGGCGGCGGGAGGGCCCACCACGAACGGAGUAAACGGCACCGCCGCUCCCAACGGGACGACUACCCCUUCAGAACAGGAACGAGAACAAAAAGAAGAAGAAGAAGAGGUCUGGGACUUGGCGGACCUGACGCUACAGUGUGGCCGGCGCGCCGACAGUCUCAAGCUGGCCCUCAGCUGGGUGUACCACGGCGCGGCCGGGUUCGCGCGGCAGGUGGACGGGGCGUUCGCGGUGGCGGCGCACCUGGCCGACCUGGUCGCGCGCCACCCAGACUUCGUCCUCCUGUCGGCGAACCCGCCCCCCUGCCUGCAGGUGUGCUUCUACCACGCGCCCGGCGGCCGGCUCGCCGAGGACCCGGCCGUCAACACGGCCCGCACCCGCCGCAUGGCCCGCGCGCUCGUCGCCCGGGGCUACAUGGUCGACUACGCUCCGGGGGAGAAGGGCAGCUUCUUCCGGGUGGUGGUUAACGCGCAGACGCUGACGGGGACCGUCGAGGGAUUGAUGAAGGCGUUGGAACACGUAGCGAGGGAGGUUGUCGGGUGAGAGAAGAAAGGGUUGGAAAGGGCGGGCGGGACCCGAGCAAGACGUGGAGGAAGAAGAACAACAAAAACAACAAAAAAAAAGGUUGGAUAGACGUGUUGCCUCCUCGAUAGAC